AUGAAGGAGAACUACUGUUUACAAGCUGCCCUGGUGUGCCUGAGCAUGCUAUACCACAGCCAGGCAUUGGCUCUGGAGCGACGAAACCACCUGCGGCCCCCAUUCCAUGGGCACCAUGAGAAGGGCAAAGAGGGCCAGGUGCUGCAGCGCUCCAAGAGAGGCUGGGUCUGGAACCAGUUCUUUGUGAUAGAAGAGUACACUGGGCCUGACCCUGUGCUGGUGGGCAGGCUUCAUUCUGAUAUUGACUCUGGUGAUGGGAACAUUAAAUACAUUCUCUCAGGUGAAGGAGCCGGAACCAUUUUUGUGAUUGAUGACAAAUCAGGGAACAUUCAUGCCACGAAGACACUGGACAGAGAAGAGAGAGCCCAGUACACACUGAUGGCUCAGGCGGUGGACAGGGACACCAACAGGCCACUGGAACCACCAUCAGAAUUCAUUGUCAAGGUCCAGGACAUUAAUGACAACCCUCCGGAGUUUCUGCAUGAAACCUAUCAUGCCAAUGUGCCUGAGAGGUCCAAUGUGGGAACAUCAGUAAUCCAAGUGACAGCCUCCGAUGCAGACGACCCCACUUACGGAAAUAGUGCCAAGUUAGUGUACAGUAUUCUUGAAGGACAACCUUACUUCUCAGUGGAGGCCCAGACAGGUAUCAUCAGAACAGCCCUUCCCAAUAUGGACAGAGAAGCCAAGGAGGAGUACCAUGUGGUGAUCCAGGCCAAGGACAUGGGUGGACACAUGGGCGGGCUCUCAGGGACAACCAAAGUGACGAUCACUCUGACUGAUGUCAAUGACAACCCACCAAAGUUUCCACAGAGCGUGUACCCGAUGUCUAUUUCAGAAGCAGCUGUCCCGGGGGAGGAAGUAGGAAGAGUCAAGGCUAAAGAUCCAGACAUUGGAGAAAAUGGCUUAGUCACGUACAAUAUCGUUGAUGGAGAUGGCGCAGAACUGUUUGAAAUCACAACGGACUAUGAGACACAGGAAGGUGUGGUGAAGCUGAAAAAGCCUGUAGAUUUUGAAACCAAAAGAGCAUAUAGCUUGAAGGUAGAGGCCGCCAAUGUACAUAUUGAUCCGAAGUUCAUCAGCAAUGGACCUUUCAAGGACACUGUGACGGUCAAGAUUGCAGUAGAAGAUGCUGAUGAGCCUCCCAUGUUCUUGGCCCCAAGUUAUAUCCAUGAAGUCCAAGAAAAUGCAGCUGCUGGCACUGUGGUUGGGAGAGUACAUGCCAAAGACCCGGAUGCUGCCAACAGUCCAAUAAGGUAUUCAAUUGAUCGUCAUACUGACCUCGACAGGUUUUUCACGAUUAACCCAGAGGAUGGUUUUAUUAAAACCACAAAACCUCUAGACAGAGAGGAAACUGCCUGGCUCAACAUCUCUGUCUUUGCAGCAGAAAUUCACAACAGACAUCAGGAAGCCAAAGUCCCAGUGGCCAUCCGGAUCCUAGAUGUCAAUGACAAUGCUCCUAAAUUUGCUGACCAUUAUGAAGGCUUUAUCUGUGAGAGUGAUCAAACCAAGCCACUCUCCAACCAACCAAUAGUUACAGUUAGUGCGGAUGACCAGGACGACACAGCCAAUGGACCAAGAUUCAUCUUCAGCCUACCCCCUGAAAUCAUUCACAACCCAAAUUUCACAGUCAGAGACAACAGAGAUAACACUGCAGGGGUAUAUGCCCGACGUGGAGGGUUCAGUCGACAGAAGCAGGACUUCUACCUCCUGCCCAUCGUGAUCAGCGACGGUGGCAUCCCACCCAUGAGUAGCACCAAUACCCUCACCAUCAAGGUCUGUGGGUGUGACGUGAAUGGAGCACUGCUGUCCUGUAAUGCUGAGGCCUACAUCCUGAACGCCGGCCUGAGUACUGGUGCCCUCAUCGCCAUCCUUGCCUGCAUUGUCAUUCUUCUGGUCAUUGUGGUAUUAUUUGUGACUCUGAGGAGGCAAAAGAAAGAACCACUCAUUGUGUUUGAGGAAGAGGAUGUCCGUGAGAACAUCAUAACUUAUGACGAUGAAGGGGGUGGUGAGGAAGACACAGAAGCCUUCGACAUUGCCACCUUGCAGAAUCCUGAUGGCAUCAAUGGAUUUAUUCCUCGCAAAGACAUCAAACCUGAAUAUCAGUAUAUGCCUAGACCUGGGCUGCGACCUGCACCCAACAGUGUGGAUGUAGAUGACUUCAUCAACACAAGAAUACAGGAGGCAGAUAAUGACCCCACAGCCCCUCCCUAUGACUCCAUCCAAAUCUAUGGUUAUGAGGGCAGGGGUUCUGUGGCUGGGUCCCUGAGCUCCCUAGAGUCUGCCACCACAGAUUCAGACCUGGACUACGACUAUCUACAGAACUGGGGACCUCGCUUUAAGAAACUAGCAGACUUGUAUGGCUCCAAAGACACUUUUGAUGACGACUCUUAA